CAAGCUUACAGACAAGGCCUGAAAGCACUGGCAGAAGCUUGCGGGCUGACUUCCCUUCUGCGAAGGCUCAUGGGCGGAAGCUGGCAGAGCGGCGCCGGAGUCGGGGCUGAGCGAGGCCGUCCAGGCUGGAAAGCAGGUUCCUCCACGGCCAGGACUGAGCCAAAGAAGGAGAGUCGGGCAGGGACCUCCCCAGACCCCUGCUGUGGGGUAGCAGGCCUGGAGGGGAGCUCAGCCUCCCAGUCUCCCACAGCUCAAGGGGCCGGGGCUCUUGUGCAGGCCGAGGAAGCCCUUCUCUGGUACCUCACCUGGAGAUCCACACUGCCGGCCCCCUCCAGAACCGGCAAUGUGCCUGGGAGAGAUCCAGUGUCUCCAGGGUCCCGGAAAAGCACCUCUCCACCCACACAUUCGGCCGCAGCUGCCCAAGAGCCUAAGGAGCUGCGCCUUCCAACAAAGCUCGCGAGCCAGCUGGAGCUGCCGGGGAAGCUCCCGGCCCAGAAGCAGCCUCAAGGCCGUGCUGCCGGCAUGCUCCUUCAAGACCCUCCUACUCAUGGUCUCCAUGCCACGUGGUCUCCAGGCCAGGUGCCACAUGCCCUCCCAUCAAGGGCACGGAGGAGCCAGGGGCAGCAGCAGCCCAGGAGACCAAAACGGAAGGCCCCGUGGAAGAGUCAGCUUCCCCCGAUUGAGGAGACAGAGGAGGAGAUGAGUCCCGGGGCAAGAGGGGAUGAAGAAAGACUCGCGGGACUGAGGGCUUCCCAAGCCAGCAGGACGAGCCACCCUCCCCAGGUCGGGGGACUAGGAGACACCCUUGGGAGCAAAUGCCUCCAGCUCCUGCCACACAAGGCACCGGUCUUGCCAGAAGGCCGCUUCACUAAAGGCCUGAGCCGCUUUCUGCCAUGCCUAAGGCCCAGCAAGGAAGACCAAGAACCGGCAGAUCCCCUUCCAGAAGGCAAGCCUGCGGCAGCCACGCCCCACAGCCAGGAACCUGGCAGAAACAGCUCGGCCGUGGACGGCAAGGCUCUGGAAGCUCAGCAGUCGGGGACCUCCUUUGGACGGGCCCUGCGAGAGAGACUGGGCCUUGGCCGAAGACUUCGUGCCUCCCUGUCAAGGCAACGCAAAGGCCGAUUUCUGGCCUGGCUAGCUGGGCGCUCCUGCUCCCACGGGGUUCCCUCCCUCCCACACCAACGAGAGUGAGGAUCCAUGACAGUCAGCAAGCCACCCGCAGGGGCCACGGCUGUCCUAACAAGAGUGAGUAGAGGAGACGCUGGCAUGGCAACUGGACCUUGCCACCCAGGGAGCCGCGGACUUUCCCACAAUAAACGUGUCUUUUUGGGACAGGUGGUGGCCUCUGUCUGUGCCCUUCUCGGGGAAGGGACAGGACCUGGGUCUGCCCUGCCUGAGGGUCUGCUUUGGCUUCCAGAAGGGGCGGGGCUGUGGAGGGAGGCGGAUCACAGCGUGGCCUACCCACUCUCACCCUGAUUCCCUCACUGCGCCGGAA